UACCCUUCUUUUACCUAACGUUUUUUCCACAUGUUGAAAGUUGCAAUCAAGAAUAUGACAGUGACAGGAGAAUAUUAAGAUAAAAUCAAGAUAGCAUCAUUAGAAAUUGAAGAUGACAGCUAUUACAAAAUUAAAGGAUAUGGGCUGGUAUUUGACUGCUGGUGGAAUUGAGGAAUGUAGUGCAGAAAAUGAGAAUCCUCCUAUCAACAGAAUAACAGAGAUUGCUAAGGAUACUGAUCUGAAGGAUAUUGGAGAAAGAUGGCUCCCAGCAGAUGUCAACAGAGGAAAAUGUGAAUAUGUUCAAGGACCAGGGGUUCUUCAAAUUCAGAAGAUUCGCAAUGUAACUGCUCCAAAAGACAAUGAAGAGUCAAACUAUGCUCCCCGCAUGUUGAAGCUGGUUUUGACCGAUGGUCAAGCAACAUGCAAUGCAUUGGAAAUGGAGAAACUAGAAAGAAUUAGCUUAGACACUCCACCUGGUAGCAAGAUAUGUUUGAAGGGGAAAGUAGAAGUUGAACACGGCUUCCUAAAGCUGUAUAAUCGGAAUGUUAACUUCAUUGGGGGAAGGGUGGACAGAAUCGCUGAUAACUGGGAACUGAAAAAGAAAUUAUCGAAGCAGACCCGAGUUUAUGUGGGAUCUGAGGGAGGUCCACCUCCUUUUAUUCCAUUUGGACAAAAACCAAGAGAUAGCAAAACAACAACAGUAAAAAGGGAAAACCAGAACUUUAAAUCCCUGGAAGUUUCAACAAAAGAGAAAAAGUCAGAGGAUGAUGAAUUUGAACAGCAAAGAAAAGCUACAAUUGCCGAAGCUCUUCAGGCAAAGGAAGAAGGAAAAGCUAUUAACUUUGGAGGUCAAAAACAGAUGGGCCAGGAUAAGGAUAUUGCUCGGAUUGUUGAGAUGGGGUUCACGGCUCAGCAAGCCAACCAAGCAUUAAAACAGAGUAAUGGAGACGUCAAUCAGGCCAUUAACGGGUUACUGAGCAAUGACAGGAGGGCGGGGGGUGAGUUUGGAGGGAGGAAGGACCGAGGGGGAGAGGGGAAGCGAGACAUUCCCACCAGAGAGGACAGGAGGGAGAAAGGUGGCAGAAAUAAUAGAAAUCGAGAUGAUGUAGAAAAUGAGGAGUCCAGACCAUCAGGGCCCACAACUCUGUUUGAUUUCCUAGAAACAAAAAUUAAACCUUCAAAGGAUGAAAAAGAUACAAAAGGAAAGCCAAAAGGUUCCCAGCCUUUACAAAGCUAUGAUUACUCUGACAAUAGAUCUGGUGAUAAUAGGGGUUAUAACAAUAGGAGAGAGCAACAGGCAAAAUAUCAGGAUCCUCCCCCCAGGUCAGGAAGAAAUGACAAUAGAACUAACGAACGGAGAGCAGAAUCAAGACAGAAUGAUCGGUCCAACUGGGACAAUAAACCAAGUUAUAAUUCAGACAAGCAGUCCCGAAAUAACACUCGGGAGAAGUCAUAUAAUGAGAGUGGUAGAGGACAGGGAUUCAAUGUAGAGAAAUCCAACAAGAAUGAAAGUAACCAAAGGAGAGACAGAGGUCAACAGAGAACGUCAGAUAAAGGGGGCUACAAUGAUAGGGGUGACAGAAGUGAUAGGGGAGGUAAUCCAGAGAGAGGGGGCUACAAUGAAAGGGGAAAUAGAGAGAAUAGAAGUGAUAGGGGAGGUAACCCUGAACAAAGACCGUCAGACAGAGGGAGCUACAACGAGAGGGGAAAUAGAGAGAAUAGGAAUGAUAGGGGAGGUAACUCAGAGAGAUACAGCGAUGGUAGACCUAAAACUGGGUAUCAAGAUAAGCGACAAGGAAAGGCACAGGACUACCAACAGAAUCGACCGAGAUCAGAGAUGUCUAAUCGUGAUUCAAGACAAGACUCUUCUUAUCAGAAUAAGCGAAAUCAGCCUCCUUCCUCCGGGGAAAUGUUUGAGUCAAACAUGCAGUAUAACAAUCAGUAUACAAUGCCCCAAGCCUCAAUGCCACAGUUUAACCCUGGUGUCCCACCUCCCCCACUUCCUCAACAAUUCAACACAUCAGUGCCAAAUCAAGGGGUUUAUAACACAACAUGGAAGAGAGGAGAUAGGUGCAUGGCCAAGUAUUGGGAAGACAACAAGUACUAUCCAGCGGUUGUGGAGAAUUAUGAUCCACGGUACCCUACUGUGGUUGUGAACUUUACAGAGUACGGUAACUCUGAGGAAGUCCGACUGAGUGAUGUCAGACCUGAUCCACAAUUCUUGGAAUCUGGAGGAAGCCUAGGACCCCCUGCUCUACCUCAACAACAUGGAUCAUCCAGCAAUUCUCAAAUCCGAUCCAUGGAGUUCCAUCGCAAGCGGACGGAUCAAACCGACAGGCAGCAAACGUUCUACCAACCACCGAAUCGCCAGCCAUUAUACUGAGAGACAGAGGGAACUACCACUAAAGUGAACGAUUCACAAAUAGGAUUGGAACAUACUGUUCCAUACAUUUUAAAAAACAUUUCAUGAUAAACCAGUGUAUUUCUGUGCAAUUUAUUGUAAAAUUCAAUUUUUACUUUUGAAUUAUAUCCUGGUAAAACCAGAUAAGUUAAUAAACUUAUUAGUAGUUUUGA